GUGAAGCGGGCAUUGUUUGUUUAGAGUACUGUAUUUUUAAGACUUAAUUGUUGUUUUAGGCUUUCCUUUCCUGAACAUAUACGUUCAAGACGUUUAUUUAUUUCUCUAUUUUUUAUUUUUAUUUUAUUUAUUUAGAAAACUCGAGUUUUCCCGCACCAACUCAACUUUGUAAGUGUGCCAAUGUCUGGGUUCGAGUUAAUCCCGGUGCACGGUGGCAAUGCCAUCCACCUGCCUGUGGGGGAGACCAUACUGGGCCGGGGUCCUUUCCUCCAAGUGAGUGACAAGCGAGUGUCCAGACAUCACGGCCUGUUAGACAACCAAGAUGGACGACUGCGCCUCAAACCGACACACUUGAACCCGUGCUUCAAGCAAUCGUCCCUCACUGACGAACCCCAACCCUUAGAAAAGGACGUCUGGUGCCCCCUUGACCACGGUGAUGUCAUUUCAUUGCUACCAGGACAGCUCAUGUUUCGAGUGGUAGCAGUGGGCGGCGGGACAGUCAACAGCCCUUUCAGGGAAAACGCCGUGUGUGACAACCACUCAUUUCCUGAUUCACCCCAGAGAACCGCUCCUCUUUCUCCUGGUUGUCAUGGCGCCCAGCCAGAGGCAUCCAACCAGGAGGCGUUUUUAGCCGGGGAAACGUUAAGCAAGGGAGUGGAGGCCAGUGGGCAUGUGGCCGCCUCGCCUUCUCCUCGCAAGAAACGACUUUUGCCUUCGUGGAUGAUGGAGGCUGUCAACCGCUCUCCCUCUCAUGCCACUGGCACAACUGUGAGCCGGAAAGCUGGCAAGCAAAGGCAACAAACAGAGCUCAACAACGACGAGGAGAAGACAGAAGUGAAAAGGAGCAGGAAAGGAGGACGUGCAAACGUGGAAUCGUCGCACCAGCCGCUCGCCAAAUUGGAUAUGGACAACAACCAACUGCAGGGAGUUGACAGCAUCGCCAUGGAGACUGAGCAGGAGACCCAUGACUGGCGAGACAUUCCAACAGAGACAAGGCGAGACUUUCCAACAGAGACUAGUCAUGUCACAGCUGGGACAAGUAAUAUCGCCGUUGGGACGAGUGAUGUCGCUACUGGGACGUGUGGUGCCACGGCAAGCGGUCACCAAAACACAGGCGCAGAGGCCCAAAUAACGGACAAGCCCACUUCCAGAGUGCGAACUGCGUGCCCAUAUGGGAAAGACUGUUACAGGAAAAACCCUCGCCACUUCCAGGAGUGCAGCCAUCCCGGCGACUCGGACUAUGAGGAAGAGGAGAAACCGGAAGAAGGAGAGCGACCCGAGUGUCCGUACGGCACCAACUGCUACAGGAAGAAUCCUCUUCAUCGUAAAGAAUACAAACAUACCGAGAGAACAGCUCGCAGAGGGCCAGCUGCCGUCAAAGCGAGGGCAGUGCCCACAGUGGCUUCAGAUCGGGACUCGGGCGACAGCUUCAUCGACGAUGAGAGCGACAACGUAGAGGCCGAUUCCGAUUACGUCCCUCCGGCCGACUCAGACUAAAACUCUCCGUCCAAUUCUUGACUGCACCUCGAAACCUAUGUUGGGGAUGUGAAACGACUGCAGAGAUAAAUCCCGAGAGGUGUUGCACAAAACCAGGAUAAGAGAUUAAGCCUGUAAAUAUGGGUAAUUCAGGAUUUUUUUUGUAGCAGCCUUUACUUUUGCUUUUGGCAAAUACUGGCUUUCAGUUCUUAAUAUUGUUGAAGAAACAGCUCUUGCUCCGUAGGAGUAAAUGAAUACGUGCAUGUGUUGUCCAUUGUUCCAGCGGUGAGUCUGUGAUAGAUUUCGUGGACUUGCUGAUAAUGCUGUGCCCGUGCGUUUAUCCUAAUCAUCCACGCCUGGAUUGAAUUAAUUGCAUCUCUUAAUCCUGGCACAGCAAAUGUGCAACCAAUUCAUCCAAGAAAGUGGCAGUCAAGUCAUGGCUUCAUGAUGAUCCUUUUAAAGGGAUCCACGGAUAGAAAGGCUUAUAGUUCUUAAAAAAUAAACGUUAUUAUGAAUUUCAAUAAUUUGAUAUUGAAACCCCUCUUGAUGUUUUCGUUUUUAUACAAUUUGUAAAAUUAGUUUCACUUGUAGGUCGCCAUUGUUGUUGCCGUGCAGGGCAGUGACGUCACAUGGUUACCCUGCCAAGCUUCCAGAGUAUGACUCUAGCGACAUAAAAAUGUCAUCUAUUCAACCCUUUCAAUUUGAACCCGAGAGGAAAAUUAAUGAGCAUGACAGCACUGUCGAUAUUUCACAAAACGAGCAGCAAAAGCAAAAUGAAUGAAUGGAGAGACGGGAUGAGACGAGAUAAGAGUAUGACACAACCGGUCUUCUGCCAAAAUGUGCUACACCGGCGAAACGUUCCACAAGAGGCGAAUUUGACACCCAAAGUACUACCGUGCGCUUUCCGCUUGUUGUGUUUGGAUGCAUACAGACAGAAAAUACUAAAGAUUCCUUAAGGAAAUAUUUAAACGUAGUAAUAUCAAUUAAGAUGGGUUUAAAUAUGCUACGUUGAUCAACAACCAGCUUUAAAGCUAUUACAGUUGUGGUCAAAAGUUUACAUACACUUGUGAGGAACAUAAAGUAAUGGCUCUCUUUAGUUUCCAGUUAUUUCUACAACUCUGAUUUUUCUCCAAUAGAGUGAUUGGAACAGAUACUUCUUUGUCACAAAAAACAUUCAUGAAGUUUGGUUCUUUUAUGACUUUAUUAUGGGUUAACAAGUAUCUUAGGGCAUAGACUUCACAAUCAGUUGACGGGAAACGGAGCACGGCGCUAUUCUGUAGGGGCACUAUUUUCCAAAACUUAAAAUUCAAAUAUUUUCAAAACCAAUGCCGCUAGCGCCGUAAAACCGAAACAGGCCCCUCCCUUGGGCAUAUAUGAGUCUCCAUGAGUAGCGGCAUAAAAAAAUUCAAAGUCAUUCCCUAAUAGAAUCCCAAUUAUUUUUUAUAUAAUUAUAACAAAAUAUAACAAAACUCAAAUGGCUAUAAAAUUCUCAGAUUUUACGCAAGAAGCACAAAAAUCACAAAAUGCAGACAUAAUCGCCUAUAUUUUCAGGAUCAAUAGCAAUAUUUAACAUAUAAGCUUUUACCCGAAAUGCUGACUUAAUUUUUUUUAAUUUAGUGCAAUUUUGACAAGUUUUCAACAGCUAAUAAAUCACUCACUUUUCAUAUCAGAAAAUUAAUACUUGAGGUAAGCAUGCAGAGCAAAAAAAGCUAAAUUUGCAUUUUUCUAUAUACAAUCACAACUUAUUUAGGUUGAAUUCCAAUGUUACUAUUGCCUUAUCUUACCUUAUUUGAAUGUAAAGCUACGCUUUUGUGUAUGGAUACAAAAUCCAACAUAGCGGCCAUCACAAAACAGAGCUUUUUAAGUUGAAAAUUCUUGUAAAUUAAUGUGUAAAUCUCAGAAUUUCUGUAGAUAUGAACAGAAAACAAUCCAGAUUCUGUGUUAGAAGCAAAAAAACGGGCAGUGAUCGUAGGCUAAUAGGCAUAGGCUAAUUUUCUCCAUUCAUUUCAAUUGAAAUUUUUCACAACGUUUCAAAGUGCAUGCAGGGUGCUAUUUUGUAUAAUAAUUACCUUGAAUCCUUGACCAAAUCACUCUUGAAACACUCCUGUCUGCUUGUAUGUACUAAAACUUUCGUCCCAUUUCCACAUAAAUCCGGCGUUUGAAUGUAGCCUGUGUUUGAGUUAAUCGCAGUGAAAGCUUUCACGACGCUCUGCCUGGCCCGGCACCGUAUGGGAAGCCGUGGUGCAAUGUCUGUAGGAACUGUCUCGUCAACUGAUAGUGAAGUAUAUGCUUAUGGUCUAGUUAUCAAGUGAGGUAGAAUGGAGCGGUAGAUCGAUUGGUGUAGUCUUUGUAGUGAUGUUAACUUUAGUCUGUCACGGCGAAGGAGCUGAGCCCAAAGUUUAAAUUUUCUCUCUCAAUCAUGGUUGUGAUCGAAAGAACAAGGUCACGGACACAAGUGACGCAAAAGAGCAACAUGAAACUCUUUGAUCAAGAAUGGUCUCUGUGUGGAGUCCGAUAAAGUAACUCUAGAAUCUGGUUAGGAUAGUCUUGAUCCUCCUGGAUGACUCCCAAGGCCUUCAGGAUAUCAAAACCAGUAAUAUUAGGCACUUUACCUGGAGCCUGCAUUAGCGCCUUUAAGACCAUUAGGAUCUAUGGGACCCUCCUUCCAAUUCUUCAGUAACCCUAAGUGAGGAAGUUCGGGCCUCAUCGCAUAUGGACUUGUUGGAAACAAAUAAGACCAACGGGGCUGGUAUGCACUGUUUGGACUUCGCGUUCUUUCUUGCUUUGUGUCUGACGCUGACAAAGCAAAGUGUGUUGAUAACACCGUUGCUCAUGGCCACACACUCCAUGAUGUAAAACACCACCAGAGCGUUCCUGUCCCUGGAGAUGACUGUUGGGUAGAAAUCCCUGAGCAGGGAGAAUCCGUAAUAAGGGGUCCAGCAAAGAAUGUAGGCCAGCAGGACCAGCAUCAGAACCAGUACCGUCCUUCUACGCUUUCGGAGACGCUUGCGGAUCUGCAAAGUCUGGAAACCGGGAACCUUCUUGAACCAAAGUUCCUUGGAUAUGCGGGCGUAGCAUACCGCCAUCACCAACACCGGGACCAAGAACUCCAGAGCCAAGACAAGUAGGAAGUAGGAUCGGUAGAGGACACGCUGGUCUACGGGCCAGAUCUGAGCGCAGAAGGUCUUGGGAGGGCCACUCUGCCCAUGGGGGUACUCGGUCUCUGAAGACAUAGUGGCCGACGGGAUGGAGAUCACGGCUGGGACCCCCCACACAGCGAUAAGCACAAUGUACCACAUAUGGGACGGCAAGCCAGGACCCAGCGGGUGCACGAUCGCAGCGUACCUCAACACACAAUACAUCAACACAACAAUUUAUAUUUCGGUUGCUUCUCCACUUCUAGGUAGUUCUAAUCAGCCAUUUCUUGUUCUACUGACCUGUCUACGGCGAUGGCGAGUAGCGCGUUGGUGGACACAUGUAAGGACAGUGUCCUCAGGUAGUUGACGACGGCGCAGGCUACCAAUCCGUGACGCCACGACAGCCGACUGAUCACGUAGUAGUCGAGCAGCAGAGGGCAACAAAUGGCUGCUACCAGAGUGUCAGACACCGCCAGGUUAGCCAUCAGGAGGUCGGUCAGGCCGCGACGCCUCCCGUCACGAAGCAAACUGAUGAUGAAGGCGCAGUUUCCCGCCCCGCACACAGCCAUGAUAGUAACGAGAGACAUCGCGAUUACAACGCUAGCCACUAGGAAGGCGGGGCCACGGGUCGCAUCUGGGAUUUCCUCUGGAGACACUUCGUAGUCCACUGAGUUGUAGUCAGCAGAGUCGGAGAGUAGAUACUGGCUGCUGUUGUUCAUCUCGAUUAACUGGGUGGGAAAAAAAGUAUUAAGAGUCAAGAAAAUCAAUGAAAGAGUGCAACCUUGACACUUAAUCGAUAAAAAAAAAUUGUAAGAGACAAUCUAAAAAAAUCCAGAAAUCACAGUGUAUGUUUUUUAUUUAACUAUUUAUAUUAUACUGCUUCAACUAAGGAUUUGAUCACCAUAGAAAAUCAAUGUCAAUAUUUGGUACAGUUGCCUUUGUUUACAAUUACAGAGAUCAAAUGUUUCCUGUAACCUUUUACCAGGUUUGCACAGACGGCAGCAGAGAUUUUGCACCACUGCUCCACAUAGAUCUUCUCUAGGUUAAUCAGGUUUCUCGACUGUCAGUGAGAAACACGGAUUUUGAGCUUCGGCCAAAGAUUUUCUAUUGCGUUUUGAUCUGGAGACUAGCUAGGCCCCUCCAGAACCUUAAUAUGCUUUUUAUGAAGCUACUCCUUGGGUAUUCUGGCUGUCUACUUCUAGCCAUUGCCAGGUUGGAAGACCUAGCCAUGAUCUAUUUUCAAUGCUCUAACUGAGGGAAGGAGGUUAUUCCCCAAAAUCUCACAACACUUGGCCUUGGUCAUCCUCACCUUCGGUCGUCCAGUCACAUUGGCAGAAAAACACAUGACGCUACCACCCCAAUGCUUCACAGUAGGGUUGUUCUUCUUCAAACACUAUGAGUGGAAUUAAGUUCAAUUUUGAUCUCAUGACCACAUGACUUUCUCCCAUGACUCCAAUGUAUCAUCCAAAUGGUCAUUGGCAAACUUAAAACAGGCCUGGACAUGUACUGGUCUAAGCAGGGGAACCUUCUGUGCCAUGCAUGAUUUUAAACCCAUGAAGACUUUGUGUAUUACCAACCGUAACCUUGGAAAUAGUGGUUGAGCAGCUCCUCCUUUGUAGUUCUUGGCUAAUUCUUCACCAUUCUUAGGAUAAUUGAGACCCUACGAGGUAGAUCUUGCAUGGAGCCCCAGUCCGAGGGAGAUUGAUAGUCAUGUUUGGCUGUCUUCCAUUUUCUAGUAAUUGCUCCAGCGGUGGAUAUUAUAUCACCAAGCUACUUGCCAAUUGCCCUGUAACUCUUUUGUGCCUGUAGAGGCCUACAAUUCUUGUCUCUGGUGACUUGGACAGCUGUUUGGUCUUGACCAUGUUAGUAAUUGGAGUCUUCCUGAUUGUAUGGGGCGGAAAGGACUUUAUAUGCAGUUAACUGCCCCAAACAUGUCAAAAAGUCACUAAAAAAGUAUCUCCACUUAUUUAGGAGAAUAAGUGGAGUGGAGGUGGACUUUUUAAAGGCGACUAACAGGUCUUUGAGGCUCACAAUUGUAGCUAAUAAUAGACAGGUGUUCAAAUACUUAUUUGCAGCAGUAUAAGGCGGGAAACACAGCCAAGACUGAAAAAGCAGUUUCUGCUCUUGCACUCCUCUUUAAAAGAAACUGCUGUAUUUUAGGCCAAAACAACUGUUGUGUUUGAUAGAACAAUAUGUCUAUAUGCUGCCAUAGCAUGGAAAACUAAGCCUCCGAACUAUUUUUAAUUUGUCCGUUUUACCCUGAAAACCCCCGUUUACAGACGUCGCACAACCGCUUUUGUUUCAACCCAGCCAAUAAAACAAAGGUAAUUAAUUAUAUUUAUUAUUCAAAAUGUCUGUCGUUUUUAGCUUAGAAUCAUUCAUUGAUGUCUCAUGUUUCGUUUAAAAAAAAAAACGACUUUAAAAAAUUAUUUACUUUCAUAUUUUAAACUUUUCAACAAAUGUCACAAUGAAAAAAAUGGCGUCUGUAAAAAAGUCACGGAUAUCUACCUCAUAACUAAACUUAACUGUAUUUUUUUUGUUAUUGUCGCAUUUUCUCCGAUAUGUUAGAUGAUAAAUUGAUCCAAACAAAAAGAAAGUUUAAAAGGGUAAAUAUAUGAAAAAGAAAAUCUUGACCACUCCUUGAUGUCUGCGAUUUCUGCAUCGCGACCCUUGUUAUAUGACCAUGUUUCACCCAUAAAAUCCCCCAAAAAUCCAGCUGUGGCCAUUCACAGCUGUGUCUUGACACUCAGUGCAUGCUACAUGAAGUUUUUGGAUCGAAACAAAGUAGGUACGCGAUAAUAUCUCGUUAAAGUCAUGGCGUCUGUAAUUCUGUUCUCGCGUGCUCUCAGCUCCAGAUAGGGUUUUGCUGUUUAAAAUGUAUUUAUUUUUUUUCUUUAAAUGCCCUGCUGCACAAAAAUUUUCUUCCCCCAGAAAAUUGAGAUUUUAAGCUUUCCAAUGAUGUAUCACACAUGCAUAUCGGACAAUUUUGAAAGUUGGCUACAUUGGUGGUCUCAGAGCGGAACUUCAAGUCACCUGUUUUCCGCCAUAAUAAAAAUAAAUUGUUUAAAAAAGUCAUACACUGUGAUUUCUGGAUUUUUAAAAAUUGUCUCUCACAGUGGACAAGCACCUACCAUGAAAGUUUCAAACCCACCCAUCAUUUCGAAGUGGGAGAACUUGCAAAAUUGCAGGGUUUUCACAUUUUUCAAAUCCUCACUUUAAAUGACUUCGAAAAAUUGACCUGACACAAAUUUGACCAUUCAAUUGACAUGAAAUUGUCAAUUCUUCAAGACCUACACAUGAAAAAGGAAAGAGAAGGAUGAACAUUUUGGUUUACCAACCAUUUUGGGUCGAACUCUGGGCAUUGUACCUGACAAAUGCUAACCAGGGAAUUUGUCCAAUUUUUGGCACAUCAGGAGACGGUAGGAAGUUUAUAAAUGAUUGACAAGAAGUAAAAAGUGUCCAGAUGGGACGUGGCGAGAACUGUUGUGAACGAUUUGACUUCAUUUUCACGUUUGUGCAGAUAGUCGCUCAGUGGCGGCUUGCUUGUUCUCAUGCACUUGACACUUUUGCCGCACAUUUGUGGAAUUUCUCAUGUGCGCUGUGACGUCACUGCACUGCUUUUAUCACCACACGCACGUGCAGAAAGUAGUGAAAGUACAAAUACUGUACUGCUAAUUUGUCUUUAUGUAACUGAGUAGUUUUUAUUCUCAGAAAUAUGGAACAUAAUUUUUCUUCCAUCUGAUUAGAGUUGCAACAAUCGAUUAGCGAAAUAAUCGAUAACUCUUUUGAUAACCGAUUAAUCGUUCAGGACCUUUUUCACCUUAAACAUGUCUAUGGCGGAAAAAACUCAGGUGACUUGAAUUUCUGCUCUGAGACCCCCAAUUUGGCCAAAUUUCAAAAUUGUUCGAUAUGCACGUAUUGGAAAGCUUAAAAUCUCAAUUUUCUGGGGAAAGAAAUUUUUUG